GUGCCACCAUGUCUGAAGUAGAAGAAACUCUGAAACGUAUCCAGGCUCACAAGGGUGUUACAGGAGUUAUCGUCGUCAAUCAAGAAGGUAUCCCAAUAAGAUCGAACCUUGACAACUCAACAACCGUACAGUAUUCCGGUCUCUACCAUCAACUGACAGCUAAAGCUAGGUCUGUAGUUCGAGAUAUUGACCCCCAGAACGAUCUUACAUUUCUGAGGAUCCGAUCCAAGAAGCACGAGAUCAUGGUGGCUCCCGACAAAGAAUACCUCCUGAUCGUUAUCCAGAACCCCACUGAAUCAUGAACAAACACUUCAGCAUUACCCCAUCACGUGCUAUGAUGUCACGUGAUGUUUAUAUUUAGUUGCACCUUCCUAAACCCAAGACCAACAUUUUAUCCCUUGUUGUUCGUGGAACUGAUCGACUUAAAAACUCUCCUUCUUUUUAUAACAAGUGGCACACAUAUAUAACACAAUAAGCUCACUUCCUCAUAUUUUUGGGAACUUUUGCUCGUUGAUUUGGACGAUUCGUCAUUUGCCGGUGAACAAGGAAGGCUUUUGACGUUUUUUGUUGAACAAAGUUUAAAUGAUGUUGGAAGACAUGAUGUAGUAAAAUUCUUAUUUAUCACGAA